AUGCUUUCAGUAUUUGAAGUCGUAUCGCUUUUAGCGGUGAGCAUUCUCUGGGGCUGCACGAAUCCACUGCUUCGGAAGGGGUAUUCAGAGUCUAGUCGUGACGAAUCGCUGAUUCCGUCGUCAUCGGAGCCUUCGUCAGCUGUUGCAUCACUGACAAAGUUCCGUAACUUUCACGUUUGGAUUCCUUACGUGCUCAAUCAGGCUGGAAGCUUGCUGUACUAUUUCACUUUGGCAAAUUCAGAUAUUUCGCUUGCGGUUCCAAUCUGCAAUGCCCUGGCGUUGGUGUUCUCGAUCGUGACGAGCUAUUCUAUCGGCGAGCAAAUACAUAAACCCUUUCAAACUAUCGUCGGAGCGGCAUUUGUUGUCAUCGGAGUGACUCUUUGCGUCGUCACUAGG